GCUCUGAAAAUGGCUGAGUCGGAAGAGGAGGUGGAUGUCUUGGUCCAGAGAGUUGUGAAAGAUAUCAAUAACGCCUUCAAAAGAAACCCAAGCAUUGAUGAAAUCGGACUCAUUCCAUGUCCAGAGGCCCGAUAUAACAGAAGCCCCAUCGUCCUAGUGGAGAACAAGCUGGGAGUGGAGAGUUGGUGUGUCAAGUUUCUGCUACCAUAUGUCCAUAAUAAACUCCUGCUCUACAGGCAGAGAAAGCAGUGGCUAGACCGGGAAGCACUGGUAGAUAUAACCUGCACUUUGCUUCUCUUAAAUCCAGACUUAACCACAGCUUGGAAUGUCAGGAAAGAGCUUCUGCAGUGUGGUGUGUUGACCCCUGAGAAGGACCUGUACUUGGGCAAACUAGCUCUAACCAAGCAUCCAAAAAGCCCAGAAACCUGGAUACACCGGCGGUGGGUGCUGCAGUGGUUGCAGAAGGAGUGCUCUCCCUCUGGGUCAGAACUAAAGGAGCAGGUUGAACCCAGGGGUGAUGCUGAGAGGAGAAGGCAGUGUGAGCGCCUGCAGAGAGCCUUGCAGGAGGAAAUGAGGGUCUGUGCAGAUGCAGCUGGCCGUUACCCCAGCAACUACAAUGCCUGGUCCCAUCGCAUAUGGGUGCUGCAAAACAUGGCCAAAGGCAAUCUGAAGGUUCUGCAUGAUGAGAUGUCCUCCACCAGGCUCUGGGUGUCCAUGCACGUGUCUGAUCACAGCGGCUUCCACUGCCGUCAGUACCUUCUUAAAGCUCUGGCCAGUGAGCUCGGCCAGGCCGGAGAAAGGGAACUUUGCCCCACACAGCAGUCCAAUGGAGAGGUCACGGCAGGCACAUCUGAUGACGUUCACCAUAAUGAUGUCAUUCCUCAGCUCUUCCAUGAGGAGAUGGAGCUCUGUACUGACCUCAUCGAGGCAUAUCCUGGGCAUGAAACGCUCUGGAGCCACAGGCGACAUGUCUUUUACCUGUGGCACCUGUGGCGGCGGGAGCACUUUCUGGAGUCGGGGUCUCAGUGUCCACCUCUCACCCACACUGACGUCCUCCUCAGUGAGGAGCCCUGUGAUGACAGCUGUUCUUCCCAGGCCAUGGACAUAGACUGCGUUCUAGACGGGAGCAAACAUGGAAGUUACACGCAGGACACCAAGAGAUUAAAGCGGGGACCCUUGCCCCACCACGGACUUUCCUCUGAGCACACAUUUGUCUCUAGAAUUCUUGCAGGGAGCCGGAGCCCCGAGCAAAGCCGCUUUGCCAUCGCCUACAGGAAGUGGCUGGACUCUGUUAUAGGUCAGUAGCAUUAGAAACACACCGCCCACCAUGAGGUGGGAGAGCUGUGAUAGGUCAACUUAUUUCUGGCUUCAAACCACCCACAUCCUGUUCUAUAAAUUGGCUGGACUCAGUGGCUGGUUUGUCAGAGAUGCUCUGCAGGAGCAAAUUCCCCCUCAUGAUGAAAACCCAUGACCGGUCGUGACAGUGUAAGCUUUGUCUGUUUCAGCUGCUUUAGUUCAGGUACUGGAAAUCUCAGGUCUGUUUUUCAGUGUAUUAUCUUAUUUACAAUCAUUUUAUUUUAAUCAAUUGUCAUUUUCUUUCAUAUAAAUUUUGUUGGUUUUAUGUUUUUUUAAAGUCUUCCACCAAAAAUCAAUUACAGCUUGUUCUCAUCAUGCUGACUGCAGUUUUAUGAUUCCUGUCAGGAGUCUUAAAUGCACCCUGCAGUGCAUAAUGAAGGGAACACUUAGAGCGAUUCUGACCCAGUUUCUCUGUUUUGUUUAACUGAGGGCUGUACGACGCUGAAUCCUGUCUACUUCUCUUUUGUAAUAAAGCAUGACAAUUUUACAAUUUAUGUUUGCAACAAUCAGUAAUGUGAGCACAAUCAUUGAAUUUAAAGGGAUAGGUCACCCAAAAAUUUACUCACUUUCAUGCCAUCCCAGAUGUGUGACUUAAUUUCUUCUGCUGAACAAAAAUGCAAGUGACUUUUCAAGCCCCAAAUAUCACAUAAAGGCAGCAUAAAAGUAAUCCAUAGUUUUAAUACAGUAGUUCCCAAACCUGUUCCUGGAGGCCCCCAACACUACACAUUUUGUUGUAGUAGAUACAUUUUGGAUAUCUCCGUAAACAAACUCGCAUGAUUCAACUCAUCAGCUCGUUAGUUGAGACUCCAAGACCUGAACUGGGUGUGUCAGAAAAGGAGAUAUACAAAAUGUACUGUGUUGUGGGGGCCACCAGGAACAGGGUUGCAAACCUCUGAUUUAAUGUUUUGUGAAGUCAAGCAAUCACUUUGAGUGAGAAACAGAUUCAUAUUUCAAUCCUUUUUCCAGAGCUCAAAUAUUCAUCUAAAAUGAUUUGUGUUCAGUAGAAGUAAGUCAGUCAUACACAUCUGGGAUGGCUUGAGAAUGAGCAUAUGAUGAGAGAAUUAAAAUAUUUUGGGGAACUAUCCCUUUAAAGAUUCUUGGUGCCAUUUUAUAUGAAAUAUUAGUGCUAAAGGCAGACAUUUGCAUAAGACUAAUGUUUAUAGUAAAAAUAAUAUUAAAUCUGUAAAACUGUUUAAUGCACAUUAACUUGAACAGGAACACUGCCCUCAUUCAGGUAAGCAUUUGAUAUUAUGACAUACUAGUAUAACAUAUCAAUGUUUUAAUGGUUCAUAGUACAGAUAAUUCUUAGACUUCAAGAAUAAAUGCUCCUGAAAUACAUUUACCACUUUUUAGGACAAUGUUGUUAUAGUCAAGUUAAGCAAGUCUCAGCAUUUAACCACAAGUUUUGGGUUAUAGUUCAUCCAUGUGGUCUCACAGGUGUAUGGGUUUUCAUGAUGAAAGGGAAUUUCAUAGUAGGAGUAGUUUUUCUCAGCUUGGCCCAAACGUUGGCUGUAAAAAUAAUCAGCUGCCACGUUCAAGUCCAUCUGGUGCAGAAUGGUGCUGAUUCUCUGCUCUGGGGAGUGUGGCCCCUGAAGGGCCUGGGUUUACAAAUGCUGCUUUUUGUUUAACACUAUUUUAAAUGUGAAGUAUAUUUAUGCAAAUAUAAAUAAGUGAAAUGUUGUUAGCUUCACUUAUGUCAUGAUUUAUUAUAGCUAAUAAGCUAUUAGACAGUUGACUCACUGUUACUCUGUAAUUAUUAACUUGUAAUAAAGUUUCACAGGCUCAGUCUUGCACUGACAACUUGAUUUCAUCACAGCUUAAUUAAGAGUAGGUUGUGAACAUUUGAAUAGACUAUAUAUCUGGACAAUGCCUGUUCCACAGAUGCAUAAGUAUUCUGGUUAGAUUAAUUCAUUUUAACAGCCUACGAAAGGUUAUACAAAUCCAUGUCUUUGAGCAUAUCUGUAAGAUUAUUACAGUUCGAUCUUAAAGGGAUAGUUCACCCAAAAAUAACAUUUCUCUCAUAAUUUACUCACUCUCAUGCCAUCCCAGAUGUGUUUGACUUACUUUCUUUAGCCAAACACAAAUUAAGACUUUUAGAAGAAUACUUCAGUUCUUUUUGGUCCAUACAAUGCAAGUUAAUGUGCGCCAAACUUUUGAAGCACCAAAAAUCACAUAAAGACAGCAUAAAAGUAAUCCAUAUAACUUCAGUGGUUAAAUCAAUGUCUUCAGAAGCUAUAUGAUAGGUGUGUGUGAGAAGAAGAUCAUUUUUUUUUUUAGUCGAUUUUUAAAUAAAUUCUCUUCCCUGCUCACUUUCACAUUCUUCUUCUUGUGUUUUUGGUGAUUCACCCACCCCCUACUGGGAAGGGAGAAGAAUUUCUAGCAAAAAUUGACUUUAAUAUUGAUCUGGUUUUGACCAACAUUUAUCAUACCACUUCUUAAGAUAUGGAUUUAACCAUUGGAGUCUUAAGAAUUAUUAUUAUGCUACCUUUAAGUGCUUUUUGGAGCAUCAAAAUGUUGGCACCCGUUCACUCACAUUAUAUGUACCUACAGAGCUGAAAUAUUCAAUAUUUUGGAACAAUUGAAAUAUUGUGUGAACUAUUCCUUAAAGUUUCAACUCAUAAAAGUGUAUUGCACAAGAACUAGAUUUAUGAAAUAUAGUUAUAUAAUUUCUAGACACUAUCCAGGGCGAUUUUAGAGAGACUUUAUCGGUUACUGGAUGCCUUGGCUGUCCCUAUGCUUAUGUUUUUAGGUGAAACAGCAAAAUUGGUGGUGGGUGUUUUUUUUUUUUUUUUUCCUGUUAUUGGAUAUCUUAGGUUUACCUCAAAAAUAAAGCCAUCUUUUCUCCCAUACCAUUCCUUAAUAUUAUUAAAUGUUUUGCUACUCUGACAGCUUAUGAUCAUUGACUACUCAACAUACGAACAAGUAUGUGCACAGGUUCUUUGUUUUAGUAAGAUUUUAGCAUCUUUCUCCUCCCGCACCUGCUGUUAGACAAACAGAUCUACAUUUUCAGCAAAAAAUGCCUUUAAAAUGGGUCUUUUAAAGACACUGCCAUAUGCUGCUUGCAUACAUGGAUCAAAUCAGUUGCUAAUGUUAUUAUCUAAAUCCUGUGCUCAUGUUUUUGCAUGGAUGUUGCAUAUGUGCUGUUUUACUGGGAUCAAAAUCAUGUUAUUGCAUUUGAUUUACUUUUUACUUUUAUGAACCAUAGAAAGGAGAAAACAUUUACAGUUUAGUUUUUAUUUAUUUUUUAUUCCCAAAAAUGAACUAUUUGGUGUAAUUAUGGUAACAAUUAUUGCCCACUGUAUUACAUGUUAAUUACCCUAAACUGCCCACCCUUGGCAAUCUUAAGUUCAAGAUUGAUUAACAUUUAGGCUACAACAUUGUUUGUCUUGUCUGUACUACGCUUCUUUCAAAGCGGUCUCAGAAAUAGGUAGGCCAAUAUAACCUUAUAGGUUUAGAAUGUGUAGAUUUAUCUGAAUUGCAUUGAGAAAGCAGAUAGUAUUUCCAGUUGUGUCCGUUUCCAUGGUUGAAAAUGUUAUUUAUUUUGUGAAUACCGAAAUUUUUAACACUAGUAUUAUUGUAAAGUAUGAAAAAGGAUCUUAAAUUACUGGUACAUCUAUGCAGAAGCAUUCUCACUAAGUUAAUUUAGCUUUAGAAAGAACAAAUGUAGCCUUGGACUUUAUAUUUUCUUCAUGUACAGUAUUGUAUGAUUAGGUACCCUAGGUUUUUACAGCAACAAUAACCAACAUUUAUAGCAUGUCAACAUUAUGUAUUUUAUAUUUAUUUGUAAAAAAAAAAAAAAAAGUAUUAAAUAGUUUUGUCAG